AUGGUGGUGCACAACCCUAAUAACUGGCACUGGGUCGACAAGAACUGCCUUCCUUGGGCCAAAAGCUACUUUCAGGAAGUCCUUCCAAACACCACUCAGAAGAAUGACGCCUAUGAAAUAGUGGUAACAUCUGUGGACCUUGUAGAUGGAGACUGCGAUGUCACUCAACGUAAAGGUGUUACCAAAUGUAUUUUUGAUCUGAAGAUACAGGUAUCUGCAACCGUCAAAGUCAACACGAACAGUGAAGUAGAGGAGAUCAGUUAUACAGUGACAUUACCUGAACUGGUGCACGACCAGGACGAGGAUGAAUAUGAAUACGUAAUAGAGGGAAAUUUGGAUCACAAGUCUCAAAUUAGAAAGCUACUCACUCCUCUGUUGACCGAGAAGUUAUCAAAGUUUCAACAAGCUUUGAUAGACGCUCAUACUCAGGAUGUUCAGCAUAGUACCUAG